AAGAACUUGGAGACCACCGCUCGGUGAUAACAGCACCCCGAACAACCUGAAGAUCACAACUAACAAGAAGAGCCACGGGCUGAAGACCACUGCUCGUUACUUUAUAUAUAUAUAUAUAUAUAUAUAUAUAUAUAGAUAUAUAUAUAUAUAUAUAGAUAUAUGGAUAUAGAUAUAUAGAUAUGCCAUAACGUUGUGAAAAAUCAACUGACGUGAAAUUGCAAGGAUGUGACUUCCUUUCAUUCUUCUAGUCUGGGUCUCUGCUGUUAGUGAGCCGUCAGCUUAGAGAGCAAAGCCACCAGUAGAUGAGUCCUCACUAAGAGAUGUGUCUAACUCUAACCCAACCAGGAGCCCUGACCCUGGGGGUAACCCCCGAACCCUAGUCCAACCAGGAGCCCUGACCCUGGGGGUAACCCCCGAACCCUAGUCCAACCAGGAGCCCUGACCCUGGGGGUGACCCCCUAACCCAACCAGGAGCCCUGACCCUGGGGGUAACCCAGGGAUCUGCAGAGCUGUGAUGGAGAGAACCCUGUCAGGUCUCCGAUCUCCAUUGGAAGGAUACCGGCGCACCCGGGCGCCCAUCACGUCGCCGGCCGAGCCGGAGGACGCGCGCCUCGUCCUCAUCAACCGACCCCAACAGGGCCGCUUCUGCAACAACCUCAUCUGUACUGCCAAGUAUAAUGCACUCACCUUCAUGCCUCGGUUCCUCUUCGCUCAGUUCAGAAGGGCCGCCAACUCCUUCUUCCUGGUCAUCGCCAUGCUGCAGCAAAUCCCAGAUGUGUCCCCGACGGGGCGCUGGACCACGCUGGUGCCCCUGGUGGCCAUCCUGUUUGUGGCGGCUGUGAAGGAGAUCAUCGAGGAUACGAAACGCCACAAAGCCGACAACGUGGUCAACAGGAAGGAGACCAGGAUCCUCCGGAACGGGGUGUGGGAGACCGUGGAGUGGGCCAAGGUAACGGUGGGGGACAUCAUCAGAGCUGCAGACGGCGACCCCCUCCCUGCUGACCUCGUCCUGCUUUCAUCCAGUGAGCCCCACGCUAUGUGCUACAUCGAGACGUCAAACCUGGACGGAGAGACCAACCUCAAGAUCAGACAGGGCCUGCAGGUGACAGCCCGGCUGAAGGACCCAGAGAGUAUGUCGGAGCUCUCUGGCCAGCUGGAGUGUGAGGGCCCCAACCGACAUCUCUACGACUUUGUGGGUCGGAUCCAGUUGGAGGGACGCUGCCAGGUGCCGGUGGGCUCGGACCAGCUGGUGCUGCGAGGGGCCACUCUGAGGAACACCCAGUGGGUGCACGGCCUGGUGAUCUACACGGGCCACGACACCAAGCUCAUGCAGAACUCCACGCGGCCGCCGCUCAAGCUGUCCAGCGUGGAGCGCCUCACCAACCGCCUCAUCCUGUUCCUGGUGGGCUGCCUGCUGCUCAUCUCGCUGGGCUGUGCCGCCGGCCAGUCGCUGUGGAAGAGGCUCCACGGAGACCACGCCUGGUACAUGGACCUCAACUAUGGCAGCGCGGCCAACUUUGGGCUGAACUUCUUAACCUUCAUCAUCCUCUUCAACAACCUGAUCCCCAUCAGCCUCCUGGUCACCCUGGAGGUCAUCAAGUUCACCCAGGCCUACUUCAUCAACUGGGACAUGGACAUGCAUCAUGAAGCCACUGAUACGUGGGCUGUGGCCCGGACAUCCAACCUCAAUGAGGAGCUCGGACAGGUUAAAUACAUCUUCUCUGAUAAGACGGGUACACUGACCUGCAACGUGAUGCAGUUCAAGAAGUGCACCAUAGCCGGGGUCCCAUAUGGACACAACAUGGCGGCUAGGGAGCAGGAGGAAGAGGAAGGCUUUGACGACCCCAUGCUGAUCUCAAACCUCCAAUCCGGCCACGCCUCGGCCCCUGUCAUACAGGAGUUCCUCACCAUGAUGGCUGUGUGCCACACGGCCGUGCCAGAGAAGGUGGACGGUGUCAUCGUGUAUCAAGCCUCCUCCCCAGAUGAGUCAGCCCUGGUGGAGGCAGCCAGAGACCUGGGCUUCGUGUUGGCUGGUCGGACACCAGAUUCUGUCAUUAUUCAGGCUUUUGGGGCAGAGCAGAGUUUUGAAUUACUGAAUGUCCUGGAGUUCUCAAGUGCAAGAAAGAGAAUGUCAGUGAUAGUGCGCACGCCCUCGGGCCAGAUCAGGCUGUACUGCAAAGGCGCCGAUUCUGUGAUCUACGAGAGGCUGUCACAUGCCUCCAAGUACAGAGAGGUCACCCUGGAGCACCUCCAACUCUUUGCCACAGAGGGGCUGAGGACCCUGUGCUACGCCGUCGUUGACAUCUCGGACGCCGCCUACGGGGCGUGGAGCGAGGGCCAUCGGCGAGCUGCCAGCGCCCUCAUAGACCGCCCCCUGAGGCUGGAGGAGAGCUACCAGCUCAUCGAGAGGGACCUCCAGCUGCUGGGGGCCACGGCCAUCGAGGAUCGGCUGCAGGACGGGGUGGUGGAGACCAUCGAGACGCUGCUCAAGGCCCACAUCAACAUCUGGAUCCUGACCGGAGACAAGCAGGAGACGGCCGUCAAUAUAGGUCAUUCCUGUGGUCUGCUGAAGGAGACCACCGCCCUCCUGAUAGUGAACGGGGACACCCUGGAUGCCACGCGAGACGCCUUAACCCAGCACUGUGGUUCGGGGGCGGGGCUCCGCGGGGGGCGGGCGCUGGUGAUUGACGGCCGCACACUGGACCACGCCCUCAGCGCGGCGAGCCGCCGGGCCUUCCUCGACCUGGCGCUGUCCUGCUCCGUGGUCAUCUGCUGCAGGGUGUCUCCUCUGCAGAAGUCUCAGGUGGUGGAGCUGGUGAAGACGGAGGUGAAGGCCAUCACGCUGGCGGUGGGCGACGGCGCCAACGACGUGGGCAUGAUCCAGACGGCCCACGUGGGGGUGGGCAUCUCGGGCCACGAGGGGCUGCAGGCGGCCAACUCCUCGGACUACUCCAUCGCCCAGUUUAAGUUCCUGCGGAACCUGCUGCUGGUGCACGGAGCAUGGAGCUACAACCGCGUGGCCAAAUGCAUCCUGUACUGCUUCUACAAGAACAUCGUCCUCUACAUCAUCGAGAUCUGGUUUGCCCUUGUCAACGGAUUCUCAGGUCAGAUCCUAUUUGAGAGGUGGUGUAUCGGACUGUACAAUGUGAUAUUUACUGCCAUGCCGCCGCUAGCGAUGGGUAUAUUUGAGCGCUGCUGCCAGAAGGAGACCAUGCUGAAGUACCCGGAGCUCUACAGGACGUCUCAGGAGGCUCAGGGAUUCAAUGCAAAGGUGUUCUGGUUCCACUGUCUGAACGGCCUGCUCCAUUCUGCUGUGCUGUUCUGGCUCCCCCUGCUGGCGUUCAGACACGACACGGUGUCCUGGAAUGGGAGGACUACCGACUACCUACUGCUAGGAAACAUGGUUUACACGUGUGUCGUGGUCACGGUGUGUCUCAAGGCAGGCUUGGAGACGGCGUCGUGGACUGUGUUCAGCCACGUGGCCCUGUGGGGCAGCAUCGCCCUGUGGCUGCUCUUCUUCUGGCUCUACUCCAACCUGUGGCCCUCCAUCCCUUUGGCCCAGGACAUGCCCGGCGAGGCUGAGAUGAUGUACACCUCAGGGGUCUUCUGGAUGGCCCUGCUCCUGGUCCCGGUGACCGCCCUCCUGCUGGACGUGGUCCUCACAGUAGUGAGGAGGUCUGUGUGGACGUCUCUGUCUGAUGAUGUAAGGCAGCUGGAGGCCAGCCGCCAGGACCCAGCAACUGUGGUACAAAACAGAAGCCUCUCAGAAAGAGCGCAGCUCCUGCGGAACGUGUUUGGGCGAGCGACAGAGCCCUCCUACAGCGAGAACUCCCAGCAGCAAAACCUUUUGCACGGCUACGCCUUCUCUCAGGAUGAGAACGGGGCGCUUUCCCAGUCGGACCUCGUCCGCUCCUACGACACAACGACGAACGACGCCGUACGGAGGUCAGCAGAAUGAAGGAUAAGAACCGUCCGCUCUCAUUGCACUACUUUAAAGAACCCAGUCGGACCAGAGGUCAGCAGAAUGAAGGAUGAGAACCUUCCGCUCUCAUUGCACUACUUUAAAGGACCCAGUCGGACCAGAGGUCAGCAGAAUGAAGGAUGAGAACCUUCCGCUCUCAUUGCACUACUUUAAAGGACCCAGUCGGACCAGAGAUCAGAGGAACAGUGUGCCUGAAGUCAGAGGCUCUUUUGUCCCUCCACAAGUGUUGCAUACUGACCCCAAUGGGUCUGUGUUUGAGCGCUCCACUUUUGAAGCUCAUGCCAAUGAAGGGUCAAUCUUAUCCACGGAGACCAGGAUAAUGUCGUACUACGCUAUUUUUUUAUUCAAAAUGAUUUUAACUCUUCUAUUGUAGUUAAAUAUCUGUCACUGCUCUCUUAACUUCCAACACUUGACACGGACGUUACUAAACAUGUCAGUUGGUUUUAAUCACGUUGUUUCCACAGCUACUCUCUUCAUACUUGAGUCCUUAUGAUGCUGCUUUAUUGAAACGUUUUGUAACUGUAUCAAUGGAGGGUUAGGGUUAGGGUUAUCCUAACCCUAACCCUCCAUUGGUAGGGUAACCCUAACCCUAACCCUGUAUCAAUGGAGGGUUAGGGUUAGGGUUAUCCUAACCCUCCAUUGAUAGGGUUACCCUAACCCUAACCCUGUAUCAAUGGAGGGUUAGGGUUAGGAUUAUCCUAACCGUAACCCUCCAUUGGUAGGGUUACCCUAACCCUAACCCUGUAUCAAUGGACUUCAUGAUACUAUUUCUAUCUUGCACUUCAGGCACCAAGUUUAAUAUUUUAACGAGGAGUUGCCUCGUUAAAAUAUAAUCAUAAUCAGCUCAAGUUACUAACCCUAACCCUAACCCAUAAUCAGCUCAAGUUACUAACCCCACUCUGACCCAUAAUCAGCUGUUACAGAGCAUCUUUGAAUUUGACUAUAUUUAGCACAAUGGUGCUUACUAAUAGUUUGACACAUGUAUAUUGUACGUUUCUAUGUUUUGGUUUGUUUUUAAAUCAUUUGCGUCCCAUGUGAACUUGUAUGUUUAUUCACCAUCAUGUUUCCCCUCACGCAUCCUUGAUUUUAAAACACUAGCAUACCAGAUACAUUAUCAUGAGGAAAUAAAUGAUCACCCAAUGACUGAUCCAUAACUUAUUCACAUUAAAUGCAUUCUAAAGCUGUAGUAUAAAGUAACAUCCUUGUAUACAAUCCAUGUGUCAAUAAUACAAAAAUAUCUGUCAUGUUUUUUGACCACGGUAACGCUGCAGCUGUUGUGGCGCUCUCGUGUGGCCACAUACAUUAUUAAACGUUGACUACCGAGGGCUUUUAUUGUGGUAAGACUUCCCAUCACGGUAACCCGGAAGUAUUUUUUCAGUAAACAAACUUAUGAAAACUGCUCGAGACAUAUGGGCUUCUUUCAAGGAAAGUGACCAGCCGUUACAGGCCGUUUUGAAAAUCUACCUCUUCUGGCAUCAAAAGUGGGCGCGUCCACCUAGAUGUGUGCUGGAUCGAUCAGUCUACCAGCCUACCCAGUAGCAAACGUUGCUCAUCUAUUCAUCAUACAUCUAGGUGGACACGCCCACUUGAUGUGAGAAGUGCUUUGUAUCACUAAUCACACUCACACCUGGUGGUAUAAUAUGGGUCCUUUAAACAAAAACUCUUAAACCUUCUCAAUCUUGUCCUGUAUAGAAUUGACCCAUCAUAAGGUUCCUAUGAACAUGUUGUAACUUCGUACUCUGGGAUGUGUCUGAACUGUUCUAACGUUACAAUCGUGUGUGUGUGUGU